AUGUCCACAAGCCAGGCUGAGAACACACAGUCAGAUGGGAAAUCCUUUGAGCAGCUGAGGCAUGAAUGUCUCAUGAAGGGAGUCCUGUUUGAGGAUCCAGAUUUCCCUGCCAAGGACUCCUCUCUCUUCUUCAGCGAGAAAGUUCCUGUCCAGAUUGAAUGGAAGAGGCCCACGGAGAUAUGCAAAAACCCAAAGUUCAUCUUAGAUGGCGCAGACAGAACAGACAUUUGCCAAGGACAGCUCGGGGACUGCUGGCUCCUGGCAGCCGUCGCUUCGUUGACUAUGAAAAAAGAAGCCCUGGCCCGAGUUGUCCCACCUGACCAGGAAUUUGAUCAGAGAUAUGCUGGUAUCUUUCACUUCCAGUUCUGGAACCACAACAAAUGGCUCGAUGUGGUUGUGGACGACAGACUGCCAACAGUGAGAAAUCGACUCAUCAUGCUCCACUCAGCCUCCAUCAAUGAGUUCUGGAGUGCGCUGCUGGAGAAAGCCUACGCCAAAUUGAAUGGCAGCUAUGAAGCCCUGAAGGGUGGCAGCACAAUGGAGGCCAUGGAGGACUUCACUGGUGGUGUGGGUGAAAUGUAUGAGACCAAGGCUGCUCCGGGCGACCUGUUCAAUAUCAUGAAGAAAGCCCUGGACCGAGGCUCAAUGAUGGGAUGCUCUAUCGAUAUCAGUAGCUCUGCAGAGUCAGAGGCUAAGACUUCCACAGGCCUGGUGAAAGGACAUGCAUACUCCAUCACAGGUGUAGAAGAGGUGAAUGCCAGAGGUCAGAAGGUGAAGUUGGUCCGGAUUAGAAACCCCUGGGGACAGGUUGAGUGGAACGGUGCCUGGAGUGAUAAUUCCAGAGAGUGGAAUUAUGUCGACAGUGCAGAAAAAACUCGCAUACUGCAGAAUUCAGCAGACGAUGGUGAAUUCUGGAUGGAAUUUGAGGACUUCAAGAGGAACUAUGACAAAGUGGAGAUUUGCAACAUGAGUCCUGACUCCCUGACUGAGGACACAAAACAUCAGUGGGCAGUCAAUGUGUUUGAGGGAAACUGGAUUCGGGGUUCCACUGCUGGAGGCUGCAGAAACUACAUUGACACAUUUUGGACCAACCCUCAGUUCAAGCUUUUGCUGAACGAUGCUGAUGGUGAUAAUACUUGCAGUGUGGUCAUCGCGCUGAUGCAAAAGAACAGACGAAAACUGCGAAAAGAAGGCCUGGACCUGGAGACCAUUGGCUUUGCUGUGUAUGAGGCUCCAGAGGGUGAGGACCAUGUGGGGAAAGACUUCUUCCGUUACAGUGCAUCCAAGGCACGCAGCAGAACCUACAUCAACAUGCGGGAGGUUGCAGAACGCUUCACGCUGCCUCCUGGACACUACCUGCUGGUUCCCACCACUUUCCAGCCCCACCACGAGGCUGACUUUCUUAUUCGUGUCUUCUCUGAGACAAAGGCUGAAGCUUUAGAGAUGGGAAGCAACGUUGAUGCCGACCUGCCAGACCCACCCAUGCCCAGCCCUCCAGAGGAGGAGACAAAGGAGGAGAAAGGCCUCAGAAGGCUGUUUGAACAGCUGGCUGGCCCGGAUCAGGCCAUUUCUGUCAGAGAGCUUCAGGAGAUGCUAAAUGGUGUUCUCAGCAGAAGAAAAGAGAUCAAAUUUGAUGGCCUGAGUCUCAGCACCUGUCACAGUAUCAUCAAUCUUAUGGAUGUGGACAAUACAGGAAAGAUGGAGUUCCAAGAGUUUAAGGUCUUCUGGGAAAAGAUGAAGAAGUGGAUUAUGCUCUUUCUAUCCUUUGACACGGACCGGUCAGGAAAGAUGUCAUCUUAUGAGCUUCGUGGCGCUCUCAAAGCCGCAGGCAUGCAACUGAACAACCAGCUCCUGCAGCUGGUGGGGCUGAGGUUUGCUGACGAGAACUACGAAAUUGACUUUGACGACUACCUCACCUGCAUUGUCCGUCUGGAGAACAUGUUCAGAGUUUUCCAGGCUAUGGACAAAUUCAACAGGGGACGGGUGCAAAUGAACAUCAUGCAGUUCCUGAUGUUGUCGAUGAACGUAUGAGGAGGAACUGAAACAGAUACCAGCGGAGGAACAAAACGC